AUGGAGUUCGAGGACACGCCCGCAGCCAGUGAGCAUCAAGAGGAGGAGGUCGACUUCCCAAUCAAGCACAACGACGAGGCCCAGAGCACCUUGGUUGUGCUUUCCUCCACAGAGCUCUGUCUGGGUCCCAUUAGGCCUCAGUUGCCGAUGGCGAUGCCGAUGCGUCUUCUGCAGCUCUUGCUCUGCGCCGGCCUUCUCGCGUCAUGUGCGGAAGGAGAAGGGCACACAGGGCUCCCGUUUGGCCGAGCAGUUCGUGAGAAGUACUUCCAGUUCGAGCCAGGAUUCCGGAACUUCAACCACGGCGGCUUCGGGGCAACCCCUAUCCCAGUGCGAAGAGCUCAGGAGGCUUUGAUAACUACCGCCGAGGCACAGCCGACGCGCUGGUUCGCAGGAGGUAAUGGCAGCUAUCAUGCAGCGCUCGCCACCGUCAGGCCACGUCUCGCCUCGCUGAUGGGAGCUAACGAAUCCGAUCUCGUCUUUCUGGAUGAUGCGUCUUCCGGCCUCAACGCCGUGCUGCGAAGCCUCCGCUGGCAGCCCAACGACAUUCUACUGCUGACAACAGCUGCUUAUGCGGUGUUGCCGAACACGGCUCAGUGGCUGCAGCGGCGGUAUGGCAUUCGAACUCUGCAUGUCGAAGUGCACUUCCCGGCGACGGGCGGGGAGACCUUUUUGGAUCCAGUGAGGGAGGCCCUGGAGAAGCUUGGAGGAGAGGCGUCUCGCCUUCGGCUAGCCGUCUUUGAUCAUGUGUCCUCCUACCCGCCAGCCGUCCUUCCCGUGGAAGCCUUGGCCAAGCAAGUGAAGGAGGCGGCGCCGAGUGCGCUCGUGCUGUUGGACGGAGCUCACGCUUUGGGGCAGGUGCCUAUUUCCAUGACGGCCUUGGCCACAGCCGGCGUGGACUUCUACGUCACAGAUGGCCACAAGUGGCUCAUGGCACCAAAGGGCAGCGGUGCUCUUUGGGCACGCCCCUCUGCGCAGCCCUUGCUGGAGCCCGCGAUCAUCUCCUCGGACAAUGCGCCAGGAUCGAGCUUCCAGUCUCGGUUUGACUACAUCGGAACGCGAGACUACACCCCCUGGUGUGCCAUGGGAUCGACGAUGGACUUUCGUCGGGACGUGCUUGGGGGAGAAGACCGCAUUCAAAGCUACGUCACAGGCCUAGCUCGUUGGGCUGGGAGGCACAUGGCGGACCGCCUUGGCACCGAGACAGUGGCGCCAGAUUCAAUGACCCCCGGCAUGUUUGCCCUGCGGCUACCGCUGCCCGAGGACUGGACUCCGAGCCAGAAGACGGCAUGCAGCGGGCUGAUUGCACAAGGGCUCAUUGGCCAGUACUCCAUGCAAGUGAUCUCUUUUGCACUACACACUCCCACCAGCGAUGGGCGCGAAGAGGUCACGCACUGGAUCCGAGUGUCGGCGCAGGUCUACUUGGAGAGGUCGGAUUUCGAGGAUCUCACCCACGCGGUGAUGUCACUGAGGGAUAUGGAUGCCGCCGAAUCCACACCCAUCGAUGCAGGUGCUGGCAAGCCUGAACGCAGCAUGCAAAAGCCUCCGAUAAUCUGGCUACACGUCUACGACCUGGGGCAGAUGACGGCUAAGCUGAACACCUUCAUGCUACGCUCCAUGGGCAUCGGUGCCUAUCACGUGGGCGUUGAGGUGCUCGGCGACGAGUGGUACUUCCGCUGGAGUGAUACUGCAGGACGCAGAAAUCCCUGGUCAAUUUGUGCGGAUAGCAAGUUCGAAUGA